CCCCCCAAACCAACAAAAUGAAACUCACCCUCUUCUCCACCAAAUCCUACGACACCCACUACUUCACCACCACCCUCACAGCCCUCCAACCCACCAUCCCCGAGCCCAUCACCCUAACCGCGCACCCCUUCCCGCUGACCCUGUCCACCGUCCCGCUCGCCCGCAACAGCACCGCCAUCUGCGUCUUCGUCAACGACAGCCUGCCGGCCCCGGUCCUCCAAGCCCUAUGGGAAGUCGGCGUGCGCGCCAUCCUCCUCCGCUGCGCGGGCUUCAACAACAUCGACCUACCGGCGGCCGAAGCGCUGGGCUUCUUCGUGGCGAAUGUGCCCUCGUACUCGCCCGAGGCCGUGGCCGAGUUCGCCGUCGCGCUGCUGCAGACGCUCAACCGCAAGACGCACCGGGCGUACAACCGCGUGCGCGAGGGGAAUUUCAACCUGGAGGGGUUCCUGGGGAUGACGCUCCAUCAAAAGAAGAUCGGGGUGGUGGGGUUGGGCCGGAUUGGGAUGGCGUUUGCGCGGAUCAUGCGCGGGUUCGGGUGCGACGUGGUGGGGUUUGAUCCGGUGCGGCAGGAGGGGUUCGCACGGCAGCAGGGUCAGGGUCAGUUGGGGACAGGUGGGGGGGAGGCUGAAGCUGGAGCUCAGGCCGGAGCUCAGGCUGGGGCGGAGGGGCCAGCCGAGGAGGAGGACGAAUUCAUCACCCAGUUGGCAGGCCGCUACGUCGGCACCGUCGCGGAUCUGCUCGCGCAGUCCGAUAUCGUGAGUCUGCACUGCCCGCUCACCGAGGCCACGAAGCACAUCAUCAACGCCGCGUCGCUGCGCGGGCUCAAGCGCGGCGCCAUCCUGGUCAACACCUCGCGCGGCGGGCUGAUCCACACGCGCGACGCGAUCGGGGCGCUCAAGGCCGGCACGCUGGGCGGGCUGGCGCUGGAUGUCUACGAGCAGGAAGGAGAUCUGUUCUACAAUGAUCACUCCGCUGAGAUUAUUCACGACGACACGCUGAUGCGGCUGAUGACCUUCCCCAAUGUGCUGGUCGCGGGCCACCAGGCCUUCUUCACGCAGGAGGCCCUCGGCGAGAUCGCGCAGGUGACGCUGUCCAACCUGGCGGACUUUGUGGGCAAGCGGCCGUGUCGGAAUUCGCUGGUGCGCGAGGGUCACUUGUUUGUGGAGGAGGAUAAGCAGCCUGUGCGGUUGUAGUGUCUGGUGUAUGAGGUUGAUGGGGUGGUGUGGAUGUUAUCCACUUGUGUUCAAUUUCACUCCAGGGCGGUUUCUCGAGAGGAAUUGUGGAUUUCAAACUCAAAUAUGACCAUGAUCUUGCUU